GUGUGCGCCUACCCGGACGGCAGCCGCAUCACGAAGACUGCAAAAGAGUAUGGCGCAGAGCUGGAAAUUUUCAAGGAGGGCAUGCCGCUAGUGAGGUGCGAGAUUCCCAAGCAAGGCUCUUCAGGUGGGCUCCAGCUGCAGGUGGAGUGUGCAGAUGGAACCACUAUC